AUGGCUAAGGAUUUGGAGCCAGAAUUUUGCCUCAAGUGGAGACACUGUGAGACCCCGGGCGUGAAGACGCUGGGCGAUCUCAGGAAGCUUCUGCACCGACUGCAGAGAGACCUCAAGGAAGAUGUCUUCCUCUACACCUCAGGCCACCUCAAUCCCAACAAGCUCCACCGGCCGCCCGAGACCCACCUGCCCGCCUGGUGCAGCACCAGCAGGCCAAAGGGGGAAGUGGCUUCUGGAGUGGGAAAGCCACCCGACAGGAAUGUCGCCAAGAUGAAAGAUGCUUGGGCUCAUUUUACCAUCAACACAGCUCUGCUUCCUGAUGAGGCCAGAAACAAGCGGCUGUUCAGGUACCUGAACCCCCAGGCGCGGGCUUCCCACACUUCCAGGGAGGACUUCACUCCCAGGCAAGGAGAGAAGGCGGAGAGGGACAAAGGCUUUCCUGAAGGACGCAGGAGAGAGGAGCUCAGGCUGCCCCAGGUGAAGGUGCUGAGGUACCGAGAGCCAGGGUCCAGCCGCCGCUGCACCCUGACGGCCCCAGGCCCGGACGAGUACCAGUACAUCAACUCCUACCUGGCCGGCAUAACCAAAGCCGACAGGUACCAGAAGUUCUUGAGUUUCCAAAAGCAAGUUCUGGCAAAGCAAGAUCUACUGAAGAGUGAUUUCACAGGGGCCAAGGUGGCGACGGGCCAUGAGAAGAAGUUGGAGGAGAAACUCCAGAAAAUAUGCACGUGCCCCCCGCAAGAGCUCAGCAGGCUGCAGGUCUUAGGAGAAGUGUUUGAAGAUGUUUGCAACAGUUCUUUGAUAUUUGGUGACAUCUUAAAAGAAGUUAAGGAUGAAUAUGAACUCUACAUGACCAUACUCCUGUGCUCCCAGCCCACAGAGCAGUAUGAGACUUACCUGGCUGAAGCGAAAGAGCUAGAGAAGAGUCCCGUGCGGAGAGGAGAUAUUGACCAGGCCAGGGAGGAGCUGAGGAAACUCAUGAAGGCCACCAGAGCGGCCCUGGAGCACCACAACAAACUCAGAGAUGAAUUAGAGGUGGAGAACAAACUGCUUCGAAUCACUAAGGAAAGAUCAGAAGAAACCGAGAAAAAAGUAAUUGAUGAGGAACAACUUACUCUUACGGAGAAGGUUGAAAUUCAGAGAUGUGAAAUACUCAAGAAAUGGGAUGAAAUUCAAGACCUUGAAAAGCAAAUUAAAGCAACACUGGUGCACACUGGAAUUUCAGGCAUUGCUGAGAAUAAGCUUAAAAGCAUAGAGAAUGAAGCUAUAAGAUUGGAAACAUCAAAUAGGAUCCUAAAGAAGAAAUUGGAAGCCAAUGAAAACCAUUUGAAGCAGUUCAUGAGAAAGAGCAAUAUCAGUGAGGAGGAGCAGCAGUGA